CAUUAAAUCAGGCUUAAUCUGUUAAGUCUAGAGCACAAUCAAGAAUCAUACAGACAGUCUUGAAAGCGACAAUUUAAAUGAUUUUUCAUUUUUCAUUUUAUUUCUUUUUCGUAUCAACGUCUCAACUGCAACCUGCAAUCCACCACCAAAAGCCCAUAAAAGUUUAGGUGCUUGCUAGCCAACAAAACCCACAUCUGGCACUCAAAUUUCUGCUUAAAAUUAAUUUUUCCAUCCGUCAAUUUCAGGAUUCUUUUCAACGUUCACGUCCUGAAAUUCUUCAAAUUCUUUUUUUUUUUGGGUUUGUUUUAAAAGGUGCUAAUUUUGUAGGUGAAAUGGACAAAUUUCUAUAAUGAUUUCUUGAUGACGUUGUUUUUGUGGGUAUAUAAGUAGAGUUCUGAGGUGCUGAGAAUGGUGUCAUUUAAGAAGCAAAGGAUAAGAAAAGAGUCUUAACAGAUAUGCAAUAAAGAAGUCUAUAAGAAUUGAUAGAAAUAUGUUGAUAGAAGAGAAAAUAAUCUGCAAAUCAGGGAAGAAGGAUGCCCCUUUCUUUGCUUGGCCAUGGGAGAAUUUUGGAAAUUACAAGUAUUUAUUAUAUGGACCACUGAUUGCAAAAGGGCUGUAUUCUAUGUCUGGGAAAGGAAAUAAGGAGGAUAUAUGGUGCUUACAUAUUCUCGUCUUGUUUGCCCUGCGAGGCCUUGUUCAUCAGCUAUGGAGUACUUAUAAUAAUUCACUUUAUAUCAAUCGUACUCGUCGACUGAAUCAACAGGGCAUUGAUUUUAAUCAAAUUGAUGCAGAAUGGCAUUGGGAUAAUUUUCUGAUACUUCAAGCCAUUGUAGCUUCAUUUUCCUAUUUGAGCUUCCCUUCAUUGUCCAACCUUCCUAUAUGGGACAUUAAGGGUAUUGUGUCUUGCCUCAUACUCCACAUUCUAAUCUCAGAACCACUGUAUUAUUGGUUGCAUAGAUUAUUACAUUCCAAGCAUUUAUUUCCAAGAUACCACUGGCUCCACCAUAGCUCUAAAGUCCUACAUCCUUUUACAGCUGGGCAUGCUUCGUUUCUGGAACACCUAUUAGGAUGCAUAAUUAUUGGGAUCCCGACCCUAGGAACUGGUUUACUUGGUUAUGGAUCUGUCAGCAUGAUGUACAGUUAUGUUUUAGGCUUUGAUUUUCUUCGAUGUAUUGGGCAUGCCAAUGUUGAAGUUAUUCCUCAUCACCUGUUUGAGGCUAUUCCACUUCUCAAAUAUAUUAUCUACACACCUACAUACCACAAUCUUCAUCACGUGGACAUGAGGACUAAUUUUUGCCUCUUCAUGCCUUUAUAUGAUAUUUUAUGGAAGACAAUAAAUGCCAAUUCGUGGGAUAUUCACAAACAAAAUAGUACAAACACAAAUGACCGAGUACCUGAUUUUGUGUUUCUUGCACAUGUCGUCGAUGUUAUGUCAGCGAUGCAUGCUCCAUUUGUUUUCCGUUCAUUCAGCUCAAUACCUUUUGGUAUAAAGCCCUUCUUGUUUCCAAUGUGGCCCUAUACGUUUCUAGUGAUGCUUAUCAUGUGGGCAAAAUCCAGGACAUUCUUGUUCAGUUUUUAUAAUCUCAGAGGAAGACUGCAUGAAACAUGGGUUGUGCCUAGAUUUGGUUUCCAGUAUUUCUUACCUUUCGCAGCAGAAGGCAUUAAUAACCACAUUGAAGAUGCUAUCCUUACAGCAGAUAAAAUAGGUGUAAAGGUCAUUAGCCUUGCUGCACUAAAUAAGAAUGAAGGUCUUAAUGGAGGUGGAACACUUUUUGUUAACAAGCAUCCCAAUCUAAAAGUCAGAGUUGUUCAUGGAAACACCUUGACUGCUGCGGUGAUCCUACACGAGAUACCUGAAGAUGUUGAUGAAGUUUUCUUAACAGGAGCUACUUCUAAGCUAGGAAGGGCCAUUGCUCUCUAUCUUGCGCGGCGAAGGGUCAAGGUUUUGAUGUUGACCCAAUCCACUGAGAGAUUCAUAAAUAUCCAGAAAGAAGCACCAGUCGACUGCCAAAAUUUUUUAGUUCAAGUUACAAAGUAUCAAGCAGCCAAGCACUGUAAGACGUGGAUUAUCGGCAAGUGGAUGACACCUCGAGAACAGAGUUGGGCUCCUUCAGGAACACACUUUAACCAGUUUGUGGUUCCUCCUAUCAUUCCAUUUAGACGAGACUGUACUUAUGGGAAGCUAGCAGCAAUGAGACUUCCAGAAGAUGUGGAGGGCUUAGGAUCAUGUGAGUAUACAAUGGAAAGAGGUGUGGUUCAUGCUUGCCAUGCUGGGGGCGUAGUUCAUCUUCUUGAAGGUUGGGAACACAACGAGGUUGGGGCUAUCGAUGUUGAUCAGAUUGACGUUGUGUGGAAGGCUGCAUUGAAGCAUGGCCUAAUGCCCUUGUAGAUUUAUAUCAAAACUUCUCAUCCAUACUGCCAGAGAUCUCAUUUAUAAGCUCAGCUUAUCAAAAAGAUCAUUAAAGCUGAUCUUUUUUUGUGUGAGUGUGUGUGUGUGUGUUUAUUUUCCUUUGUCGGGUAUGCAUUUUUCUUUUUCUUUUUUUUCGCCACCUGUGGCAACGAAGUUCUUGGUAAGACACAAGGUGGAAGGAAGAUCUCCACUCAUUUCAUAAUGAUUAAAAACUAGAAUGGAAUUCAAAUGAAAUACAUAUUUAUACACAUUCUUGC